AGAAUGUUGUAAGACAAUGAACAUAGAGCUGUUGACUUUUCGGAUUUCUCGAAGGUAAAAAAUCUUCAUUGUCAAACAAACACUCUCGUAAGUCCAAUUUUCUUCGUAGCAAAUUAACGCCAUGCUGUUCUUCUUCUUCUGCUACCUCUAUCUUGGAUUAGUACCAAUUAGCUUUCCUAGUUGUGGCCUCUUCCUUGUUAGUGGCCAAGAAACCCCACGUACAGAGUUGGGGGGGUUUUUUUCAUCAUGUCCAUUGAACAUUGAGGCUCUCAGAGAAUUAAUCUUCGAAGGUGCUCCGAAAGUUCUUGAUGUCCAGACUGAGUGCCAGUACAUCCUCGAAGGAAUCCGAUUGCUUCGAUCGGAUUAUCUCCGAUCCACCGGGUACUUUUCCCCACCUUCCUAUACCAUAAUCUCAUGCUGGGAUGCAUACCAAGCCUUGAUCAGCGAGUCGAUACCGGAUUUAAAAAUUGGAUCCACUUGUGGGUUUAAGCCCGCUCUGCUGUCAGAGACUUGUAUGAAUAUCACAACUCGGUCUGAAUUUGAAAGUUUGAUUCCCAAAUCAGAAUUGCAGGUAAUUGAGGGUGCUUGUAGCCAGUCUCUAGAUGAUUAUUCCCCUUGUUUUUUGUGUAGGCGCAUUUUGUCGAGUCUGAAUAUGUCUCAUUUUGGUAGAGGGUAUGAUGGGAAUGUAGCAGAUUGCAAUGGAUAUCCAUAUAUUUAUGCUGCAGCUUUAGGUAAUAGGAAGGGACCAAUAAAUUUGAGUACAGCCAAGUGUUUGUUCUCACUAAACUUCAAUUCUUUUGAUAGAAAGACUAAAAACAAGCACAGGGUUUUGCUUUGGGCUGUGUUGAUAGGAAGUGUGUGUGGAUUCACUGUGGCAUUUUUGGUGGUUUGGGUUCUUUGGGGGAGGCAUAGGAGAAGGAAUAAGAAGAUGAAGGAUCAAAGUGAGACGUCGGGGUUUGUUUCCGCCACGGAAAUUAUAGGUGAGAAUACCAGCUUGGCUAGGUUCCCAUUUGAGGAACUUAAAAAGGCCACCGAUAAUUUCGCCAGGGAGAACAUAAUUGGGAUUGGAGGCUAUGGAAAUGUGUACAAGGGUACAUUGGCAGAUGGGUCUGAAGUAGCUUUGAAAAGGUUCAAGAACUUGUCUGCUGCCGGAGAUGUAAUGUUUGCACAUGAGUUGGAGGUUAUUGCUAGCAUUCGGCAUGUGAAUCUUGUCGCGGUGAGAGGCUAUUGUACUAUAAAAGUGCCUAGGCAAGGCCACCAAAGGAUAAUGGUGUGUGACUUGGUGAACAAUGGAAGUCUCUACGAACAUCUUUUCGAUUCAAGGAUGAAGAAGAAACAGCUCAGCUGGCCAAUUCGUCAGAAGAUUGCACUUGGAAUGGCUCGCGGCUUGGCUUAUUUGCACUAUGGAGUGCAGCCUGCUGUAAUCCACAGAGAUGUCAAAGCAAGCAAUGUGCUUCUAGACGAAGAAUUCGAGCCAAAACUGGCUGAUUUUGGUUUAGCAAAGUUCACACCAGAAGGACAGACACAUAUGCACACAAGGGUGGCUGGGACAUUUGGGUAUGUUGCACCGGAGUAUGCUUUGUAUGGGCAGUUAUCCGAAAGAAGCGAUGUCUACAGUUUUGGGAUAGCGCUUCUUGAACUUUUGAGUGGAAAGAGAGCAGUUAUUGAAGCUAGUGGUACCACAACUUUGCUUUUGGCAGAUUGGGCUUGGUCACAAGUGAGGAAAGGCAGACCAUUAGAUGUUAUAGACGAAAGCAUUCAGAACUUAAGCUCUAAGGAAGUAAUGGAAAACUAUGUAAUGGUUGCAGUUCUUUCUGCUCAUCCGGAAUCACAUGCGAGGCCAACAAUGGACCAAAUUGUCAAGAUAUUGGAAAGGGAUUUUCAAGUUCCCUCAAACAUGGACGCCCCUAUUCAUAAAAUCGAUCAGUCGGCAAGCUCUAGUGGUUCGAGUUACAUUUCAAGCAAUACUGGUUAGUGAUCAUUUAGUUGAGAUGUUGGGGGCUUCCUCUGCCUCGAUCAUGGUUGUUUGUAUGUUUCAGGUUUCAGUUUCCAUUGUUGGAAAGAUAAAUACUAAAACAGAAGUAUGUUACUAAAGGUGCAGAUUUCAUUGAAAUUAUCAUAGACAUUAAGCUUGUAAUGGAAAGGGAUUCUUAUCCACGAACCAACCAUUUUAAUUAGUUU